AUGUGAUACUGGUGCCAUGUGGUAGGAUUUUGGCAGUGCACGGGUGUGAUAAUUGUGGAGUGUUGUAGCCUGACAGAAGAGUUUAGCAGUCUAAUGAUGUAGUAAUACAAUAUUCCAGACAAGAGCCAUUCUGUACAGCAGUGAUCACUUCUGGUGUGCUAUUUGCAAGGGGCUGUGCUGAUCUGACAGCAGCAUCCCACUGUAGCAGAAGGCAGCAAGUGAAGUAUUACCACCAUGCCAUAGUUUUGGAAGCACGGCUGUGAGUUAGCAAGAGGACAACACCACAGACUUACCUGGUGACAGUGCAGUCCUGCUCGUGCAGCCUCUGCUAAAUCUUCUGUGUGGCUACACAACCACCUCUGUACACGCUUAAAACAUCCUGUGCUUAAAACAUCGCUCGGCGUUUGCGUGCACACCUGCCUGCUGACACCUGCCACACCUUCCAAGAAAGUGAACAUAAAGUAAAAUACGGAGAGAGAGAGGCAGAGAGAGAAAAAGCUCCCUGAAGAGGGAAAGCCCCAGGAGCCAAUAGCUGUUUGGAUUUGCCUGGUGCUGCCUUUCUUGCUUUGCUCCCAAGGAAUACCUUUAAUGGGAUCAAUUGCUUCAGUUCCUUUAUAACCAAGUCCACCGGAAAGGCAGCUUCAACAUAUUAUGGGCAACUGUGUGAAGUCUCCUCUGAGAAACCUCUCUAAAAAGAUCCGCCAUGACGAGAAGACGAGCUAUAAAGCUGUCCAGACGAGCGAAGAGGGGUCGUCGGCUGGCGAGUACCAGGGUCCGCUCAUGGUGCUGGCCCAGAACUGCGCCGUCAUGCACAACCUGCUGGGGCCAGCAUGCAUCUUCCUGAGGAAGGGCUUCGCAGAAAACAGGCAGCCUGAUAGAGAACUGCGUCCGGAAGAAAUUGAAGAAUUAAGAGAAGCCUUUAAGGAGUUUGAUAAAGACAAGGAUGGGUUUAUUAACUGCAGGGACCUGGGGAACUGCAUGCGGACCAUGGGCUACAUGCCUACUGAGAUGGAGCUAAUAGAGCUCUCCCAGCAGAUCAACAUGAACCUGGGUGGCCAUGUGGAUUUUGAAGAUUUUGUUGAGCUGAUGGGACCAAAACUUCUAGCAGAGACCGCAGACAUGAUUGGUGUAAAAGAACUCCGUGAUGCCUUCAGAGAGUUUGACACCAAUGGUGACGGGGAGAUCAGCACCACUGAGCUGCGAGAAGCCAUGAAGAAACUUCUAGGGCAGCAGGUGGGGCACCGGGAUAUUGAAGAGAUCAUCCGGGACGUGGAUCUCAAUGGAGAUGGGCGUGUUGAUUUUGAAGAGUUUGUUCGCAUGAUGUCCCGUUGAAGAUUAUUCUCAGCUAAAGAAGAAUCAGCACCUUAGAGAGGGCAGAAGAGGACCUAGAUGGAGCAUCUAGCCCCGAUGUUCCUACAUGAAGGUUUAUCGGCUGGCUGCAAUUAGGACAUUGCAAGAUGACCUGCUGCUCCUCCCUCAUGGUGGUCCCCAUGCCCCUCCACCCUUUCACACUGUGAAAGACUUGCAACUUCCUACAACUGGAACCAUUCCUUGAAGAUGAUUGCAGGAAACUGCAGAGCCAGGACUUGCCAUGAUGCUUUCAUGGGAUAUUUGCAACUUUAGACUCCUCCUCCCCAGCUUUAUUCUCCCACCAGCUGCUGCAAAGCAAAAGCAGGAGAAAUCCUCUUGGCGUGGUGGAUGAGAGCAAAGCCAUUGGGACUGGUGGCAGCCUCAGGGCGUGCUCUGCACUUCUUGGUUUCCCUUGGUGAACCGUGUCUGUGUUUGCUGUCUCAGUGUGUGUCUAUCUGUGUGGAGUUAUUUAUGCUUCCCCAACACUUAUUUGCAUCUCCCGUGGUUAUGUUUACCAAGAGUAAAUUCAAAUAUAUGUCUUGC